CAUUUGAGAAUAAUUGAGAGAUAAAGAAACGGUAUGACGUCGUUUUGCCCGAUGAUUUCUCUUCUUCUUCUUCUCUCUCUUUCCUCGGCGGUUUUCUCCGAUGAUGCGUCUUUCCAGAAACUUCCGGUGCCGGAAAGUAGGUCAGGCCCUGAAGCUUUCGCCUUUGAUUCCACCGGAAAAGGGUUCUACACCGGAGUCUCCGGUGGUAAAAUCCUCAAGUACCUUCCCGAGACGGGUUAUGUCGACUUUGCCCAGAUCACUGAAUCCUCGAACUCUUCAUGGUGCGAUGGAAAUAUUGGAACGGCUUUAGCAGGAAGAUGUGGUAGACCAGCGGGAAUAGCGUUCAACGAGAAAACAGGUGAUCUCUACGUCGCCGAUGCACCGUUGGGUCUUCACGUUGUUUCUCCCGCAGGUGGUUUGGCUACAAAGAUCGCCGAUAGUGUUGACGGAAAACCUUUCAAUUUUCUUGACGGUCUUGACGUUGAUCCCACUACUGGGGUCGUCUACUUCACUUCCUUCAGCUCACGCUUCACCCCAAUCCAAGUGUUGAUUGCAUUGGGGUUAAAGGACGCGACCGGAAAGCUCUACAAAUACGACCCAUCAACCAAAGUUGUGACCGUAUUGAUGGAAGGGCUAAGUGGUUCGGCCGGGUGUGCAGUGAGCUCAGAUGGUUCGUUCGUGUUGGUUAGUCAGUUCACAAAGAGUAACAUCAAGAGGUAUUGGAUCAAGGGACCCAAAGCUGGUUCUUCUGAAGACUUCACCAACUCGGUCUCAAACCCUGACAACAUCAAAAGAAUUGGUUCUACUGGAAACUUUUGGGUCGCUUCCGUGGUGAACAAGAUCAUUGUGCCUACGAACCCAUCAGCAGUCAAAGUUAACUCUGAUGGUGAAGUGCUUCAGACAAUUCCUCUCAAAGAUAAAUUUGGAGACACGUUGCUUAGUGAAGUCAACGAAUUCGAGGGCAAUCUAUAUAUAGGAACUCUCACCGGACCAUUUGCUGGAAUUCUUAAGCUCGAAAAUGGUUUAUGUAAAAGUGAAGGUUCUUGUCCUGCCACUUAGAUCUCUUAUAUUGAACGCAGCCGGUGUUUACAAAUUAUGUGAUGAGCUUUUUAUUUAUUUCUGAAUGUUCAAAGGUCAAAACCGUGUAGUGGUUUGAUUUUAAUAGUAUUAAAUAUAUCUUGUGUUAAUGU